AUGGCGUCGCGCCUCUUUCUCCUCCUUCUCCUCACUAUUUCCCUCUCAAUCUCCUCCGAUGCCCGCCCUUGCAAGUCCCUCUUCGUUUCCUUUUCCCUUCUCCGCCACCGAACCCUCGAUUCCCGCCAUCAUCCCUUCUCCGAGAUGGCCCUAAUCGUCGACAUCACCGAGUUCAAAUCAUCCUCCCUCUCCCUUCCCGACAACAUCCUCCUCCUCGAUCUCCCUCGUUCUAGGCCCCCCUCGCUUCAUCAACACUUCCCUUAUGACUUCACCUCUCUCCGUGAUCGCACCAAGGAUAUUCUCACCGUUGUUGUUGCUCUGCUCUUCGGCGUCGGCUGUGGCGCUCUCACUGCUGCUACUAUGUAUUUGGCGUACUCAUUGUGCGCUGGUCGAUUUGGGAAUCGUUCUUCUGUGUAUGACGAUUCUGAGGAGGAAGAUGACUUUAGUGAUGAUAACAAGGAGAACAUUAAGAAGAUGGGUUACAUCAAGAUCACCGACGACUCUGCUCCUGUUAAAUCAGUGGUAUGA